ACUCACCAUCGAAACGCAUUAUCUGCGCCUAAACGCUAUCGUUGAGCGUGGAAGAAAAAUGAUCGGAACUACCUCCAACGGAGUAGUGACCAACAGGAAGUGAAUGGCUGAACGCUGCGGACAGUGUUGUUAAUAGCAAACAAAUCUCCCCAGCGGCGUCCCGAUUUGGCUUAAUAUAAUAUGUAACUUACAGUAAUUCACAUACCUAGGCCCUAACUACAUUGGUACCAGGAUAACAUGAAGGAAGGUAAAUAAGUUAUGGGAAAAAUAACCCUGUGGCCUGUGGAACCCCAAAUGGCACCCUCGUGGGCUGUAAUCAUUGCAGCAGUAACACCGAGAAGUUGCUUAGAUAGUAGAGAAACACCACUGCCUCAAGUAUAGAACACGAAAACAACGAUGGCCGAUAGCGCACCUAUACCCCAACGAACCACGGUAGGGUGUAUACGAAAUUCGUUGUCAAGGCGCUAUACAGCCGCUGCUGUCGCCGCUUUCAGUCAACGUGUUGGACGUGCACAAGUCCAUCGUCUGUUGAAGCAUUAUCGAGGAAAAUAUCAAUCUUACAUCAUGAUUCCAUUGAUGGAGAAUAAAAUGAAAUGGGAUAGAUCGAAGAAAAAGAAGUUCCCUGAUAUUGAAAUUGAAAUGAGUAAUACACAUUAUAACGGCAAUGAUGAAAAAAUAACGAAAGAUGAAACGUCCAUACAAAUGAUUCCAUUGUGGUCUACUAAACAGAACAUUGAUACUCCAAAUUUCGGAGUUAAGGAACAAAGUCUCAUUAUGCAAAGCGGAGAUUCUGGGAUCGAAUCUGUACAGGCAAGUCCAGCCCAAAAGGCGAAUAAACCUUGCAGUUCAUCCACAAUUGAUAUGUACGACGUUCCGGGUCCAUCGACAUCAAGACGAUUUAGUUCCGUUUAUCUGCAUCCCGAUCGUGCACGUUUCAAUUAUCCCAGUCCAAUUGCUUCUUGUUCUCGAGAUCACAAUGCAAUCGAGGUCGGCGACUUUGGGAUCGUGGACGGUGGCGGCAACCUUUCGGCUGCGUCGUCGGACGCAUCAUCGCUGAGUGUUCCCGGAUCGGGGGGACCAGGCGGCCACCGUCACAGCAUUCCAUGGGGCCGGCGCCGCAGUUCCACCUGGACUGGCCGGUACUCGGACGCCAUGGAUCCAGAAUUUACGGACUUGCAGCGAAUGACCACCAGAGGCAGCGUGGGCAUGCACAGCCUGUCGGACUCACUGCAUAAGCUGACGUUCACUCAGAGUCUGGCGUUCCCGGAACUGGCGCGCAAGCUGGCCAGCAGGCGACGACAGGAACAGCUACGGGCCGCCAUCAACGACAACAGCCAGGACGACUUCGAGGCGUGUUCUAAGUUUGUCGCCGUGGCCGGCGGGUUCCUGCUCAGCCUGAUGGUGUACUGCGUGGUGAAUAAGUACGGAAAAGUAUAAGGGUGGUCGCCCCGUGGCAACGACCCGGGGCUUAUGGCGGUCUUCGGAAAUCAGACCGCGGCAGAAAUGAAUGCCACCGAGGCCGCAGCUGUAUCCGCCAUCUCUUCGGCGACACGGCCCCACGCGAGCGGGCCGGGGUCUGGGCCGGAUUCGGGGCCAGUUCCGUGGCAGGUUCCGGGGCAGGUUCCGGGGCCAGUUCCGGGGCCGGCGGUCGGCGCCAAAAACGGUGGCGAGGGCAGUGGACGGCGGACCGGCCGCUCACUGUGGAGUUAUAUUAUAGCAAUGGACGUCAUCACCACCAAGGCCAACAACGGCGACCACGGAGGCGUAAAGCGUGGCGAUCCUGACGCCGACCGCGGAGGAAGCGACGAGGGCGGCAGUCCGGACAACGACCACGGAGAAAGCGACAAAGGCGGCAGUCCGGACGAUAACAGGUAGACCGUCCGGCAGUAUAAACGUGUGCGCCAAAUUAUUGACGCGCACGCGCGCUCGUUAUCGCACCGCCACACGCGAUGCACACACACACGAAUUAGUUACAGCCUUGGACGACUGAAAUUCGAUAAAACUAUAAAAGCAAACAUAUUUAAAAGCUCCGUUCGCUUAUAAUAUUAUCUUCGUAGUAACGACACGGUGUGACCGCAUUUCUAUUUCUAGUUCUAGCCCCCUAUUCCCUCCGGAACUCAACGCAAUGCGAUAUUAAAUUAGUGCAGUUGUAUGAAAAUGCAAAUGUGCAAUAUAUUGUGUACUAUAUAUAACUAUAUAAUAUGAGUUAAUGAGCAUCUGCUACUUAUCUACGUGUUUGACUUUAUUAUAUUAUGUGCAGAACGAAACAAAAUAUUAAUAAAUAGGUACUGUAGUAUGAAUACUUGGCGGAAAAUUCAAUUAAUGGCUUAUAUAUCGAAUCGUAAAAUUAGUCGAAUCGGAGUUACGUAAAUAUACUAACAUUGGUGUGUGUGCGGGUGUGUGUCUGUGUGUGUGUGUGUGUGUGUGUGUGUGUGUGUGUGUGUGUGUGUGUGUAUAUGUGUUAAUUAAUUAGAGGUAGAUUUGGUGUUUUAUGCAGUAGAUGGUAUAACAUGGUUUACAAUAAUCCACCCUCUGAAUUCGCCUAAUAAUUCAAAUUAUUAUUAUAUAACGUUAAUAUUCAAUAUUUAUAAGAUAAUAAUUUAGCCAUAAUAUUGUUAUACACAAUAAUAAAUUAGCAACUACACAAGUCGAUGUAUAGGUAAUUGAGUUUUUUUUUUAAACAAUAAAAUACACUCAAAUUCAAUUCUGAGAGAAGCUUUAUUUUUGGCCAAAAAUGUUUAUUGUGUGUCAUAAGAUCUCAGGUCCUUGACGACGCUUUUUACCGAUUUCUGACUUUAUACACUAUAUACUGACUAUAUAGGAUAGAGUACCUAUAUACCUAUAUAGGCACUAACAUAUUUUGAAUAUAAUACCCGUUCAAAGGUCAAUAUAUGUUCACUUUCCAAUCUAUAGAGGUAUGUCGGAUAAAAUUGACGAGUUUUUUUAACUGCUUCCAAAGAAAUCACGUACAAAUACAAAAACAUCGUUGUGAAACGAAUAAAAAUAACCGAUAACCGCAAUGCCAAUUCUUUCCGCUCAAUGUCUUGCAGUAAAACCAGAUAAUAAUAGUAUACCCACCUACGUCAGUCGUUAUGUAGAAACUGUAUUUGACCAAAAUAUAAGUUUCUGGAAUAAAAAUACAUAAAUCAGAAACUCAUUUAUUUGCAAUUCAAAAAUAUUUCAAGUUAACUAAAUUGUUUGAAUAAGUUUGUGACAAAGGAGUUAUUCACGCAAAGUUCAAAAUAGUUAAUGCUUCUCGGGAGUGUCAGUUAUUAUCAUUGCCUUGCCAUUAUAUAGUGUAAAAUGUAACAUUAAACGGGCACCUAAUUGGUAAGAAGGAAUACUGUAUAGUACCAGAUGAGGCCCUAGAAAUACUACGUGGAAAAAAAUGGUUAAACCGUCUUUUAAGUCGUUUCGAAAUUCAAAUAAAUGUAUUACAUUUAACAUACUGUUAUAAUUUAUAUAAAAUAUUUUUUGACGACUACCGCAGUGCGCAACACACUCUUUAUUAUAUAAUAUAUUUUAUUGUUGUAUAUUAUCCAAUAUAAUUAUUCUUGGAAUUGAAAACGUAUAACUAAAAAGUAGUUCUAUUGAUACUUAUUUAUAUGGCAUUUUUAACUGCUUCAAAUGACACAUUUACUUGUGUAGAUAAUAAUAUCUACUUUCAGGGCUCAGACGAAUAUAUGUAUCGAUAACUACCUUUUAUCCCUUAAAUCAUGUUAUGCCACACUUGUUGACGUCAUAUUAUACGAUAUUAGAUAACAAUAAUAAUAAAUAUUAAAUUAUAUAUUAUUAUGUAUAUAAUAUUAUCACUUACCCCAUAAUAUUACAUAAUAUAUUAUACUAUUAGAAUAUUAGUUUAUAGUUUUUGAUGUAUAAAUAAAAUAAAAUACUCAUACAGCUAUAGGUAUAUCCAGUGGUGUAGUUAGAUGAGAAAUGGCCCCGAAGACAUAACGCUAAUAGGCUUGGAAUUAGUAUAAUAUGCAAAAAAAUAUAUGUGCCCAAACACUAUUAAAUAGAAGAAAUAUGACGUCAAAACUUUGAACGGAUUUUGAAAAUUUAUGUUUUUUGGGUGUAUGAACCCGAAUGUGUGUUGUAUAUCUAUAAUGUGUAUUAUUAUUAAAUUUAAUAUUGAUUGUGAUCGAAUUAAACACUUAUAAUUGAGAAUAUUUAUUGAAAACUAUAUCAAUACCUUAAAUUAUUUUAAAGAAGACGUUUCAGAAUUGUCCUAGAGCCCCGGGGGUUCCUAGAACUCUGGGGCACUGCACCGGUUCGCUAUAUGAUAGCUACGCCAUUGGGUUUACCUAUCAUUGCAUACAAUUAUAUAACCCAAACUUACUAUACUAUACUGCAGUUAGUAAAUACUAUUUAGUAUUAAAUAUUAUGUUGCAUACUAUUUGUCUACCUGUGUAAGUGAACGAGUGGAGGCUAAGUUACAAAAAUUAACAUUGUGUGUAUGAUAGUUUUUAAUGCUAAAGUCGUCUUCUUAGACAUAUUAGAUAAUUAUA